AGCGCAGAGAAAGAACGACAACAGAUCGAAUCGGUUAAUGGCACUCUGCUACUGAAGCUUCGAAUCCCAAACAGCGCCUCUGCGCGUUGUCAGAGCCAGAAACAAACCAUGAGGAUUGUGUAAGCAUAAUUGGGUGCAUUGUUGCCGUUGAGUGACAAUAUGGAGCCAUCCAAAAAGAGGGGUCGUUCUGAUAUGUGGGGACACUUUAAAUUGAUCGCCCUUGAUAAGGUCAGAUGUUUGGUGUGUUCGGCUGAGCUGAAGUAUCAUGGGAAUACUUCCUCCAUGAUUAGGCACUUUUCUACCAAGCAUGGAGCUGUGGUUAACCAGGGGAAGACAAACAAAGAGGACAAGAAACAAGAUGUGGAUGAGGCUCUUAUGAAUGUGCUGGAGAAAGACUCGCAGCCAAUUUCCAUAGUGGACGCAUUGCUUUUGAGUGACAGUAUGGAGCGACCCAGGAAAAGAGGUCGUUCUGACAUGUGGGAAUACUUUAGUCAGAUCACUCCUGAUAAGGUUCGGUGCUCAGUGUGUUCAGCUGAGCUGAAGUAUCAUGGCAAUACUUCGUCCAUGAUUAGGCACUUUGCUACCAAGCAUGGAGUUGCAGUUAACCAAGGAAAGACAAAUAAAGAGGACCAGAAGCAAGAUGGAGAUGAGGCUCUUGUGAACAUGCUGGUGAAAGACUCGCAGCCUUUUUCCAUAGUGGAUGCAUUGCUCUUAAGUGACAGUAUGGAGCGACCCAGGAAGACAGGUCGUUCUGACAUGUGGGAAUACUUUAGUCAGAUCACCCCUGAUAAGGUCCGAUGCUCGGUGUGUUCAGCUGAGCUGAAGUAUCAUGGCAAUACUUCGUCCAUGAUUAGACACUUUUCUACCAAGCAUGGAGUCCCGAUUAACCAGGGGAAGACAAAUCAAGAGGGCCGGAAGCGAGAACUAGAUGAGGCUCUUGUGAACAUGCUAGUGAAAGAUUCGCAGCCUUUAUCCAUUGUGGAUGACUGUGGCUUCAAGGAGUUUGUGGCAUUGCUUGAUCCCACAUACACUCUUCCAUCCAAACUGGCUCUUAAGGACAUGGUAAUCCAGAGAUACAAGCAGCGGAAGACCAUGGUCAAGGCUCAUGAACAAGAAGAUGGAGACUCUGACCCUGACCCUGACUGCUGAUUUUUGGACCUCCGUUCAUAUGGAUGCAAAUGUAGCAGUUACCUGAGGUUAUUUGGAUGAUUCUGCCAAGCUGGCUUCGGUGCUUUUGGGAAUGCCGCCUUUCCCUGAAGCUCAUACAGCUGGUAGCAUCUCUGCUGUCAGAAGAUCUCUCGUGAAGGAAUGGAUCAUCGAAGGUGUUGUGGAAUUUUCUUAUCAAAGUGGAGAGAAGUUGACUCACAAGAAGAGAAAAUCCGGACUUUGUCUUUAUAAGUUUUAUUCAAAGGCAUUAAGCAUUUGAAUGACUCUGUCACCGAGCAAGUCAGUUAAGCAGAGCCCCGAUCAACAGUUACACACAGUAGUUAUACCAAACAUGACAGUGUUAUCUCAACUUCAAAGAGUCUGUGUUUUAUGGCCCAGACCCUCCUUGGGUUCAGACGUGACAAAGUUAUCUAGGAACAGACCUAACUGCUCUUUCAAAGGCAUCACCCUAAAUGAUGGGUCUUAACCAUUAAACUUCUGAUAAUGGCUUUUACAGCUUCCUCCUCUAACACAGAUGUUCUGAGGAGUGAGGUAACCUAAAGGUCAUACACUUUGGAGCACUUAAUAAAAGAAUUUCCAUUACAAAGGCAAGGUGGCCUCGAUUAUGAUCGAUGCAGGAGCUAAUAUGUUUGCCUCUGUUAGAAGUUAAAAUCUGAGAUAUGCACUUUGCUUUGUUCAUUCUUUUGUUGUAUUGAUGAGGAACUCUCUUGAUGCAUCUCCUGGGCUAGAGGGCCUAUGCACAAGAGCACAAAAGGCAGGCACAUUCUUCCAAACCACCUCUACAGCAAAAGAGCAACUCAACGAAGUGCAGAAGCCAAUAAAUCUUGUGGUGAUUAAAAGGUUAUUUUGGAGGUGGACACAUGCUGGAACAGAACUGUCCUUAUUCUACAGGGUCUUUCUGAUGAGAGACAGUCAGUGGGGACAGCUCAUGUGGCGCUGACAACAGACUCUGAGCAGGAGCAGUCCAAGGAGUAGAAGGUCUCGGAAUCAUAGUUUCCCCAAUGACAAAAGCAUUAACAUAUGUGUAUUUGUAGAAGUCUUAUAAACAAAAUAAAGGUACCAAAGUUCACAAAUUGUGCUUUGAUGAAUCUGCAUUUAGUCUAGGAUACAUCAUCGUUUCAUUGACAAGUACAAGAACUCUAGAUAUUGAAAAUAAAAGUGAUCCAAGUUUGUUCAGUUGCUAAAAAAAAGCUGUGACUGUUUUAUUAUUGUGGAACCUGCAGAUGCCGAGACUCCUAUUCAAGAAGAUUCACACAAAAAAUCUGGAAAUAAUCCAGAAGAGUCUGGAAAAGUAUGGCUUUUUGUAAUAAAAAUGUACAGGAAUGCUGCCUUUAACAGGCCUGCUAGUGAUGUUAGCUUCAGUAGAUAUACAAUGUUAGUAGAUAUAUUUUCCUCUUUUUUGGGAUAAUUUCCUAUUCUGGUAUGAUCUGCAGAAAUUAAUUAGAAUUUUUAGUGUUAGUCUCAGUUUGCUGUAUUGGCUACAGCUUGAGAACAAAGCCAGUUACAGGUUAACCUGUAAUAGACGUUUUCUGGCACAUUUAGUUAAUUUUUUGAAUGUAGCCAUUUUAACAAAGGCCCUGUGUUAUCUUACAACCUUUUUAAAAAAAUAAUCUCAUAAAAAGCACUUGUCCUCUCAAACUCCGGGAUGUUGUAUGUGAGAAAAUUCUGAACAAAUUCAAUAAAACAGUAGGUUUUAAUAUCAGAGUCUACAGACUUGCAGCUGAGGUGACAAAAUGUCAUUUUUUUAGCAUAAUGUGCUAAACAGGAUAAAGCCGGUGCAGAUUGCCUCCAUGCCACGCCGCAUUGAAGCAGUAAUUCAUGCAAAAGGAGCCCCAUCCAAGUAUUGAGUGCAAAAGAGUGAACUUACUUUUCUGAAGUCUGUUUAAAACAUCCUUUUUUAUUGAUCUUAAGUAACAUUUUCUAUGAAACUGAACUUUUAAUUUUUAUUAUCUGUAAACCAUAAUGAUCAAAAUUAUAAGAAAUAAAGGCUUGAGAUAGAUAUAGGUAAUGAAUCUAUGAGUUUCACUUGCUGAAAUGAAUGACAAAAAGUAUUUAUCUUUUUCAUGAUAUUCUAGUAUUUUUUGUGUACCUGUAUAUCUCACCAAACACUAUUUAGCAUGGUGAUGGUAGCAUCAUGCUGUGGGGAUGACAUGGGAGAAAACAGAAAGAAAACCUGUCAGAGGCUCUGAAAGACUUGAGACUGGGCAUGAGGUUCACCUUCCCUGAUAAAGUGCUACAUAAAUAAAGCUGACAACCUUCCAGGAAAACACAG